UCUUACCAGAACAAAGAAGUCGCAGUUGAUUUUAUGUACGGCUAAGGCUGCUGAUGAUGACGACCUGAUACAAACAUUUCACAGAAAAGAAGUUUCGAUCUUUUUCUACGAGAAUUUGUUUUCAUCGUCUUGAUCGUGAGACCCGCACAAAAUCUUCGCUCGGUCUCUAUCAUCUGUUCUCAAGUUCAGAGUCCACACACAGUUCUGUUUGGGAACUAAAGAAGUUGUGAAAUGAUGUCUCAACCUGUUUGUAUUCGUAUAGAGAGCUCGAAACUUUAGGAUUUUGAUUGAAAGAGCAAUCUCGCAAAUGGCAAAUAACAAACAAGUCUCAGAGAGGAUUCAUGUUCUCUUCUUCCCCUUUAUGGCUCAUGGCCACAUGAUUCCAGUUCUAGACAUGGUCAAGCUUUUCUCGAGCAGAGGAGCCAAAUCAACCAUUCUCACCACACCAAGCAACUCCAAGAUUCUGGAGAAAACCAUUGAAGCAUUCAAGAAUCACAACACUGAUCUAGAAAUCGGGAUCAAGAUCUUUGAUUUCCCUUGUGUAGAUCUGGGAUUACCUCAAGGGUGCGACAACGUUGACUUUAUCAGCUCGUACAAAAAACCUGGGGCGGGUGACUUGUUGUUAAAGCUUUUUCUCUCUACCAAGUAUAUGAAACAGCAACUGGAGAGUUUUAUCGAAACAACCAAACCGAGUUGUCUUGUGGCCGAUAUGUUCUUCCCUUGGUCUACCGAAUCCGCAGAGAAGUUUGGUGUCCCAAGACUUGUGUUCCACGGAACAUCCUUCUUUUCCUUGUGUUGUUUUUAUAACAUGAAUACUCAUAAGCCACAUGAGAAAGUCGCUACGAGUUCUACACCUUUCGUAAUCCCUGGUCUCCCAGGGGGCAUAGUAAUGACAGCAGAGCAAGCCAAUGUCGCCGCCGACGAUGAAACUCCAAUGGGAAAGAUUAUGAAAGAGAUUGGAGAAUCAGAGUCAACUAGCUUCGGUGUUUUGGUGAAUAGCUUUUACGAGUUGGAAUCGGCUUAUGCUGAUUUUUACUCUAAGAAUGUGGCUAAAAGAGCUUGGCACAUUGGUCCGCUUUCGCUGUGCAAUAGAAGAGGACAAAAGACGAACAACAUUCAUGAGGAGGAGGAAUGCCUCAAAUGGCUAGAGUCUAAGACACCUGGUUCUGUAAUUUACGUUUCGUUUGGCAGCGGAAAUAACUUCACCAACGAGCAGAUGCUUGAGAUCGCUGCCGGUCUUGAAGGCUCUGGACAAAGUUUCGUCUGGGUGGUUGGUAAAAAUAAUGAAAACCAAGGUGAAAAAGAAGAGUGGUUGCCUGAAGGAUAUGAGGAAAGGAUGAAAGGGAAAGGGCUGAUAAUACGCGGAUGGGCCCCACAAGUGCUUAUACUUGAUCACAAAGCAGUUGGAGGGUUUUUGACGCAUUGCGGAUGGAACUCGGCUAUAGAAGGCAUUGCUGCGGGGCUGCCAAUGGUGACGUGGCCCAAAGGAGCAGAACAGUUCUACAACGAGAAGCUACUGACAAAAGUGUUGGGAAUAGGAGUGAAUGUAGGAGCUACAGAGUUGGUGAAAAAAGGAAGGUUGAUUAGUAGAGAAGAAGUAGACAAGGCUGUAAGGGAAGUGAUGAUGUCUGGAGAAGAGGCAGAGGAAAGGCGGAUACGAGCUAAGAAACUAGGCGAGAUGGCCAAAGUCGCUGUUGGGGAAGGAGGGUCUUCUUAUGGUGAUUUGAACAGGCUCAUGGAAGAGCUUAACAGUAGAAAGUAGAAGGAAGACAAAACAUGCUUUAUUUAUUAUGUUGUGUGAUAAUCUUCGUCAUUUGAUUACUUUCUUUUGAAGUUUCCACUUAGACUUUGUGAUCUUGUUUGUGAAAUUGUGAUAGUUCUGAUCCCAGAGUGAUGAGAAUUAUGGUGUUUGAUCUUUACUUGUUCUGUUUGGGAACUAAGAAGUUGUGUAAUGAUGUCUCAACCUGUUUGUAUU